AUAAAGCAGAAAGUAGAAACUUCCAGGCCGCCUGCGGCUCCCCGUGGCCAGCAUGAAGCGGCGCCGGCUGCCCAGCAGCAGCGAGGACUCGGAYGACAACGGCAGUUUGUCUGCUUGGUCCCAGCAUUCAAGAUCUCGACGUCGGAUGUCUUCGUGCUCCAGACAUGAAGAUCGAAAACCCUCGGAGGUGUUCAGAACGGACCUGAUCACUGCCAUGAAGUUACAUGACUCCUUCCAGCUGAACCCUGAGGAUUACUAUGUGCUGGCAGACCCCUGGAGGCAGGAGUGGGAAAAGGGAGUUCAGGUGCCAGUUAGCCCAGGGACCAUCCCCGAACCAGUAGCCAGGAUCGUGUCCGAGACCAAAGCGGUCACGUUCACACGUCCCAGGAAGUACAUAGUGUCCUCGGGCCUGGAGCCGCYGGAGCUGGGCUACGUGGACAUUCGCACCUUGGCGGACGGCGUGUGCCGCUACGACCUCAACGACGUGGACGUGGCCUGGCUGCAGCUCGCCAACGAGGAGUUCAAGGAGAUGGGGCUGCCCGAGCUGGACGAGCAGAGCAUGGAGCGGGUCCUGGAGGAGUUUGAGCAGCGGUGCUGCGACAGCAUGAGCCACGCCAUCGAGACCGAGGAGGGCCUGGGCAUCGAGUACGACGAGGACGUCGUCUGCGAYGUCUGUCAGUCCCCGGAUGGCGAGGAUGGCAACGAGAUGGUGUUUUGUGACAARUGCAACAUCUGCGUGCACCAGGCCUGCUACGGCAUCCUCAAAGUGCCCGAGGGCAGCUGGCUGUGCCGCACGUGCGCGCUCGGCCUGCGCCCCAAGUGCCUGCUGUGCCCCAAGAAGGGAGGCGCCAUGAAGCCCACGCGGAGCGGCACCAAGUGGGUCCACGUCAGCUGCGCCCUCUGGAUCCCCGAGGUGAGCAUUGGCAGCCCGGAAAAAAUGGAACCUAUUACGAAGGUUUCUCACAUUCCCAGCAGUAGAUGGGCGUUAGUGUGCAGCCUUUGUAAUGAAAAAGUUGGGGCUUCAAUACAGUGUUCGGUGAAGAACUGCAGAACAGCSUUUCACGUGACCUGCGCAUUUGAGYGCGGCUUGGAGAUGAAGACCAUCCUGGCGGAGAACGACGAGGUCAAGUUCAAGUCGUACUGCCCCAAGCACAGCGCCGCCAAGCCGGCGCCGGAGGGGCCGCUCCUCGCCGAAAGCCCAGGCUGGGAGAACGGGAACGGGCUCCAGGAGGGCGCGCGUCCUGCCCACGUCGCCCCCUUCCACGGCAAGGAGCAGAACCACGAGGAGGCCCACAGGGUCAGCGUGCGCAAGCAGAAGCUCCAGCAGCUGGAGGACGAGUUCUACACGUUCGUUGAGUCCUCGGAAGUGGCUCAAGCGCUGCGGCUGCCCGAGGAGCCCGUGGGGUUCCUCUACCAGUACUGGAAGCUGAAGAGAAAAGCCAAUUUCAACAAGCCCCUGAUUACCCCAAAGAAGGACGAGGAGGACAAUCUGGCCAAGCGAGAGCAGGAUGUUCUGUUCAGGCGCCUGCAGCUCUUCACGCACCUCCGGCAGGACCUGGAGCGGGUACGUAACCUCACCUACAUGGUAACCCGGAGGGAAAAAAUCAAGCGGUCUGUUUGCAGAGUUCAGGAGCAGAUAUUUAAUGCCUACGCCAAGCAGCUGGAGCAGGAGCGCGUUUCAGGUGUGCCUUGCUCAUCUUCCUCAGUGGAAAGCGUGGUGUUGUUCAACAGCCCCUCCUUGGGCCCCGAUGCCCCCAAGAUAGAGGACUUGAAGUGGCACUCGGCCUUCUUCCGGAAGCAGCUGGGCACGUCCCUGGGGCACCCGGCGAGGAAGGCGCUGAGGAGCAGCAGCGGCGGCGGCGGCGGCGCGGGGCGGCGCGCGGGGCCCGCGGGCAAGGCGCUGCGGCCGCCCGGUACCCGYGUCCAUGGGCCCCUGGCCGAGGCCCGGCUCGCCCCGGCACCUCCCAGCAACGGCCUCGUGGUGCCCGAGCACAGGAAGAGGCGAGACGAUGGCRCCCCGGGCGAGGGCACGAGGGCCGAACUGAAGGAGAAGCCUCCCAAGCACAACCACAAAGCGCUGCGGCCCGCGGAGCUCUCGCAGAGGCACUCGGAGAACAAGCGGGCCCCCGGCCACGCGAGCGCUCGGACAGCGCCCGGCACGCGCAGGGAUCUAGUGCCUAAAUGCAACGGCGGCCUCGUCAGAAUAACCCCCAACCAGACGGUGGUUAAAGUGCCUACGACGCCCACGAGCCCAGUGAAAAACUGGGGCGGUUUCCGAAUUCCAAAGAAGGGGGAGCGGCAGGCGCGGGGCGAGAGCCCUGAGGCGCCCGGCCGCCGCGGCGCCGGCUACCCCUACCUGGCCRUGGGCCGCCUCUCGCCCAAGGACAGGGCCAGGAGCAAGGCCAGGCCCGACAGCGAGAACGACGGCUACGUCCCCGACGCCGAGAUGAGCGACUCGGAGCCGGAGGUGGCCGAGAAGAAGUGCCGGCCGCCGCGGCUGAGCCCCAGCAGCGCGCUCGGCCGCAGCGCGGACAUUAUCCGGAGAAGCAUCCUGGCUUCCUGACGGGAGCRCGCUCACCGGGGUGGCGCCCGCGAGCCGCCCCCGCGAGAGGUGUAGGUGGGAGGAGGGAGAGGUCUUAGACGUGGCUACAGACUGCCAGGGUGCACCCGUAAUUCUUGAGCUGUAUAAAUAUGUUUACAUGCACUUCAAAGAUAGUGUGGUUUUGCCCCUCCCAGCCCCUUUUGUGAGAAAUCUGAGUCUUUAAUUUGCCACUUCCCUGAGGAAGCAAAGAAAUGACAUCACUACUAAAAUAGUGUUUGUGACAAACACUAAAGUGACUCUGAAAACUGCAGCAGGGGGUGGGCAGGGGAAGGUCGGCUGCAGGCAUCCUUGUUUAGCUAAACAGCACUGAGGAGGUGGUGGUUGUUGUUUCCUUCCUCACCCUUCCAAAAAAGCACAAGCUGGUACUUAAACUAGAGUGUACGGAGCCAGAGGCGGCUGCUUAACCCUGUUAGAAGUGGUCACGCUCCUGGAUGGUGGGGGGGGUCUUUGUCCCGUUGGCAGGUGUGUUUUGUUGCACUCAGUUUGCGCACGUGCAGCAGCCCGGGCCCUCCGCAAGCUCCAGUGUUUCCUGUCCAUACACCUAGAGCCGCCAGCCGGGCUGGGAGCAGCCCUUGCACUGGAGAAGGGAAGGGCCCGGGGCUGCAGCUGGCUUGGAAAGCUCCACCCGAGCACCCCGGAGGCRGCUCCAGGCACUCGGUUCGGGAGCGCCUGCGCCCUGCGAUAACCAGCUCGCUCCGCCGCUCCGAGUCUGGCGCCCGCCUCCUGGAGAGCAGCGAUGAGUGAAGGAGAAAAAAAAAUAUCUAAGGCACUAGUGAGUGGGAUUUCCCCAGCGCACCACGUAUGCACUGAUGGAUGUACUGGGAAAGCCAGGCUUAGGACACUAAAGGGUUAAAGUGGAGGUAAAUAUAUAUUUUUAAAGAGAAUAAAAUGGAAAGGCAAUAAAUCGUGAUUAGCUCUUUACAUUCAAAUGAAGAAAAGUUAUUUCAUUUUAUUCUGGACUAGAUUUGAUGGAAGAGGGAUCUCACAUUCUAAUUGCAUACUUUUUUUUUUUUUUCCAAAUAAUUGCAAAUGGCAAUAACUAGUAAGCUAUCAGCAAUAAUAUUGACAGUUCACUAGGGUACUGUUUUAUAUCGAGGGGGUGUGUACCCACAGCCGUGGAUUAUGAGGAGCAUGUGAGUUUGGGAAUUCUGCAUAGAGGUARGCAGUCGGGAAUGUCCUAGUUGAAGGAAAGUUUAAGCCACAGUAAGUUACAGAGUGCAGGGGUGAGGCAGAGCCCUCCCGUGCCUGCUCUUAUCACAGUUGUUUUGUAAUGUUAGACCCUGUCUCCUGAGCAGGGAAAGUUUUCAAGUACAGCAGAACUCUGCCAGAACUGAGUCUUCCAGAGGAUUCAAUCAGAAAAAGGCUUCUUAACACCUUACCUUGCUAUGCAAGUUAUCACUUAACUGAGUAUUUUGACAGAGGGCAUCCCUGUCAUGUUUUAAAACUUGGAAGUCUUAACCUUUUGAUACUUUGUGGGAUGCUGAUGAAGAGAGGAAAUUUUGUKUAACACAGUGUUCUUUUAAAUAAACACCAUUGUUGCUCCCAAGGAAUUAGGUUAACCUCAUGAUUUGGCCAGACUGGAGUCUAGCAGGGCCUCUGCGAAUCUGCGAUUCUGUAGUCGUUCUUGGGAUGAGUUAAAAUAAAUGACUUGAUAGCAAGCAACAAGACAAAAGGCAAAAGGUAAAUGCAGGUAGUUCUAUUCAACAUAGAGCAGCACAUUCUAGACAAGCACUGUUAGUUUCUGCGAGAAGCUUGUGCCAUGUAGGGAGUUGUUUGUGAAGCCAUAGCUGGAAUAAUCUAAAUUUGGAUUCUAAAUAAACAUUUUGCCUCACCCCGUUGUGCAGGAGGUACCUGCUUGAUUUGCACUACGACGCAUGCCGGCGCCGCGCGGAACGAAUGCCUUACCCGUUUGCUCCCCGCCGGGCAGCUCCGUGAGCUCUCAUGGUCCCAGGGAGGCUCAAGCAGAACCAAAAAGCGCUUUCCCUGCCCCAGGCCCAGCUCCGUAGGUUGGUUUUGUCACCUGUGCUUGGUUGGUGUUGAGCAGAGAGGUGGCCUGAGCACAGCAGUGACAACACAAAUCCACCCCCUCUGCCUUCUGACUGGGCUAGAACCUUUUGCUGGAAUUGGUUUUCUCAAUAAGCGUUACCUUUUCUCACGCAGACUGUCCAAGGGAACUGCGAUUAGGCUCGGUGUAUUAUGUCAAACCGUAGGCUAGUUAAAACUUCUGUCAAGUUGCCUGGAAUGCCAGUUGCUAGGUUAUCAACUCACACAAAGCUAAAUGAAGGGUUAUACGUGUCGUGUAUAAAUCUUAAUUUCAGAAAUUUGAAAGAAAAAAUUGUCAUUACAUUUGUAAAACCUUGUACAGAAGAUUUUUCACUAUGUGCCUAGCUUUGGUGUCCAUUCAGCUAAAAUUAAUUAAGAAAAGGUGCAUGAAGAGAAACAGAAAUAAAAAGUAUAUGUAGAGAUGACUAUUUUAUAUUACAUGGCCCAAUCC